GUGAGGUGAAAACGGCGCGAGGAGAGCAGUGAACUGGCCAGUCGGCACUCACCGGCCAUCAUCCUCAUCCUUUGUGUCUUCGGGGGCUCCGAAAGUCCGUCACUUGGAUUGAGGAACUUUCAUGAUGAAGCAGCGGUGCAGCAGGGCAGCUAUGGUCUCCGUCCGACCUUCUUGUCUUGUAAGGGCCUCCUGCCCAUAUUUUAUUCAUGCUGAAGCCCUCGCGCCAUCCCGCGGCCACUGACGGCAUCCGCCACUGAGGCCGCCAUCCUUCCCUGGGUCCAAUUUUGUGGAAGAAGCGGCCAUGGCGACGGAUAUGGCGGCAGCAUGCCGACAGGGAGGGGAGAGGGGCCGCGCUGCAUACCCAUCUUCAAGCAAGGACAGGCAGCACGACCCCUGUUUCCGCCGCUCGGGCACUGGGGCUGUGUCGGUGGCGUCGACUGACGUCGGGGGCGACACCGGCUCGGGGACGCCCUCGACCAUUGGCUUGAGCACUACCCACAGCUACGCCCCCCCGCCCUCCCAGCAGCGGCGCGGCAGCUUCAUCAACUUCUCCUUCUACCCACGCUCGGCCGGCCACGGCGGGCAGAGGGCCCAGACCGCCAACAGUCGCCAACACCACCACCAGCAGCAGCAGCAGCCCCAGACGUCAUCAUCGCAUGUCGGCCCCUCUUACUCGUCCUUCCCGCAGUCAUUUCCGUCCGACAUGUCCGAGUCGGACCGGUCGCAGGUGGUGGCGGCCAUCGCCGCCAAACAACACGCCGCUUGUGAGGCGUCGGCGGGGGCCGUCACGGAGACGGGGAGCAUCAAGGGGUCUGACUGCUCGACCGACUGCUCGCCGAUGCGUGGGUGUGGCGGGUAUGGCUACGACGGGUAUGGGUAUGGGUGUGGCGUGGUGGACUAUGGCGAUAGCAGCCCCGACUUUGGUGGGUCCGAUGACGACAUCACAGACAGAAGCGGAAGGGGCCCCGUUCGCACACAUGACGUGCCGGUGAGUGGAGUGGAGCCAACCACAUCAAAUGCAACGGAGAGAGGCGCGUGUUGAUGUCUGUCUUGUCUGUCUGUGUGUGCGUGUUUGUGGUCUGUCUGCAGGAGUAUUCAGUGUCGACUGUGAGUGCGUCUCCCAGUGCAGCGGCGAAGGGUCACCACUUUUCCUCUACCGAGGCCGACCGAUUCGCCACCGACCAGCACUCGUAUCACGCUCAGCAUCACCAUCACGACCCCCGGCGGCCGGUGUCCCCCCCUCCGCCCCCUCCUGCCUUGGUCGUGUCCGAGUCGAUGGUGAAUUAUCAGUUUUUCCUGCAGUACACCUACACGCCCGAGUGUGCCCUGCUGGCAUACAACUUCACGGCGUCGAUAGAGCAGCUGCGGGUGUUUGCCGUCUUCGAGCCGCUGCCGGACAUCAGACACCUUGCGGUCAGUCAGUCAAGUCAAGAUGGAGGGAGGGAGGGAGACCACACACACAUGGAUUGGAGUGAUGGCAGCGAUGGAUGGAUGUAUGGAUGGAUGUGUGUGUGUGUGCAGGUGAAGCUCUUGUAUCUGCUGUACAAGUACCAGAUCCACCACAUCGACAUGGCCCUCGACCUAGCCCUCACACUCGUGUACCUCUCAGAGGCACUCCAGCUACACCACAAUGACGACACCAACACCUACCCACCACCCAUCGCCGACCAGGCCGACCCCUCCCCAUCGCCCUUCCCCUCGCCCUCCCCUCCCCCUCCCCCCUACCAUUCCGUCACAGACGCCCCCACGGCCACCGAGAGCACAACUCGUGCUCUGUCCGCCCCUGCUGCCCCUCCUGGUGGCUGCCACGUGCGCAAGACCUCCUUCUCUUCUGGCGGUGGCAAGAGUGUGGCUAAUCGGGGCACCGUGCGGCUGGGCGACCUGGUGGUGCCGCGGUCCAAGGGUUUUGAGGUGGUUUUCUACUCGGUCUACCUUGCACACGUCUGGAACCAGGUCAGUGCAGUGCCGUGCAGAGCGUGUCUCUGUUGUGUCCUUUUGUCACGUGUUGGUUGUCCUGUGUGUCGUUCGUUGUGGCUGGGCUUGGCUGCAGGAUCGCACUAUCUGUUUGCGUGACUGGUACCGCGAGUUCGGCCACGAGAGCUUCCGCAGCUGCCACGAGCUCAACUGCUGGGUGCUCAAGCUGAUGCGCGGCAUGAGGCACUGGAAGCUGCGCGCCAAGCCUGAGGACAUCCGCGCGUACGUCUCCGGACUCUGCCAGGCGCCGAGACUCGGCGAAUGAUAUGAAGGACGGACGGACGGACGAGAGGCGUCCAGACGUGUGUACGGCACGUUACCUAAGUGUGUGAAUGUGUCUGUCUUAUUCGAUGGGUUGAUCUGAUGGGUGGGUUGGAUGGCCAUGGAGGGGGGAGUGGAGUAGGUGAGGUGAGUGAGGGGCUAAAGAGCGG